AUGCAGGUCCGCCCCAACUUCUCGCCCGCGCGCACCUACGAGGCCGUCUCCAAGUACAGCGAGGUCAUCCUCCAGCUCGGAUAUGGUCAGCAGCACAAUGCGCGCGCAUUCCACCACCUCCGCAACGGUCGUGGCGGCCCCGUCGUAGUCGAGCUUCCCGGCGAUGUCGGCACCAUGGAAGUCUCCGAGUCCGCUAUGAACUACCAGCCCCCCAAGCGCCACCCGCAGCAGCCCUCCGCAGGCGACAUCAAGGACGCCGUCAAGGCGUCCUUGCCGCCCGCAAGCCGAUGA